AAUGAUGACGACCCAGAAUAGGCGUUCGUCUGUUUCGAGUGCGGUGGCGAAGAGACAAGCAAUGGCAGCGAAUUCAUCAGGGUUGGAGAAUAAUCAGACCGGAAAAUUGAAUGCUGGAGCGGCCAAGAAACGACCGGCAUUGUCUAAUAUCUCGAAUCAUACAACUGUUUCUGCUCGGAACUCGAUUUCUCAUUCCUCCAAACUUGCACCAUGUACGUCCAAGAUUGUAAGCAUUAAGAAGAACAUUUCCUCAGUGACUGCUGUUCUGCCAGCAUCCUCCUCUGUCAGACCAAGCAGCAAACCUGUUUCUAUUCAAAGAAGUGAUGCAGUUGUGCCUAAGAUCACUGCCAUUCCUCUUCCUGCCACCUGCAGCAUGGACAUUUCUCCAUCUCACUCAGAUGGAUCAUUAGUCUCCAUGGAUGAAUCUAUGUCAACUUCUGACACAGUGAGAAGUCCGGAGGUCGAAUACAUAGAUGACCUUGAAUCGGCUGCAGUUGAUUCCAUCGAGAAGAAGGCGUGUAGCACCCUCUACAUCUCAGAACAUAUCAAAGCCGCAGCAGCAGAUAUAUGCAAGAGAGAUGUACUUGUGGACUUGGAAUCAGGGGACAAAAUUGUCAACAUUGAUAACAAUCUUGUUGACCCACAGUUAUGUGCUACAAUGGCCUGUGACAUAUAUACACACUUGAGAGCCUCAGAGGCAAAGAAAAGGCCUUCCACAGAUUUCAUGGCGAAAGUCCAGAAAGACAUCAAUCCUAGCAUGCGCGCUAUCUUAAUUGACUGGCUUGUUGAGGUUGCCGAGGAGUACAGGCUUGUCCCAGACACGCUGCAUUUGACAAUUAACUACAUUGAUCGAUAUCUUUCGGGCAACUUGAUGGACAGACAACGACUACAGUUGCUUGGAGUAGCUUGCAUGAUGAUCGCAUCAAAAUAUGAGGAGAUCUGUGCACCUCAAGUCGAAGAGUUCUGCUACAUAACAGACAACACUUACUUCAAGGAGGAGGUGUUGCAAAUGGAGUCUGCUGUUUUAAAUUACUUGAAGUUUGAAAUGACAGCUCCAACAGCCAAAUGUUUUCUGAGGAGGUUUGUUCGAGCUGCUCAAGGACUUAAUGAGGUUCUGUCACUGCAGUUGGAACACUUGGCUAGCUACAUUGCAGAACUUUCUCUUUUAGAAUACAACAUGCUUUGUUAUGCUCCAUCACUCAUUGCUGCUUCUGCAAUUUUCUUGGCCAAAUAUAUACUUCUUCCUUCAGUGAAACCUUGGAACUCUACCUUGAGGCAUUAUACUUUGUACCAACCCUCUGAUUUACGAGACUGUGUCAUGGCACUACACAGCCUUUGCUGCAACAACAACAAUUCUAGCUUACCAGCAGUCAGGGAAAAAUACAGCCAACACAAGUACAAAUUUGUUGCAAAGAAGUAUUGCCCUCCAACUGUACCUGUAGAGUUCUUCCAGAACAUAAGCAGCUAAGCCAGGGAGAUGUGAGAAGAGGCAUCAACUUCAGUAUUUCCAAUUGUCUGUUGGAUUAACUCAUGGCAUUCAAUCUUAUAUAGCCUUUAACUUGCAAUGUCCAUGGAAGAGCUUCAUUCUUGGUUUU